GCUUGCCGACCGCGGGCGACGGCGCAGGGAUCGGCGGGCCGCGCCGCGGCCGCAGGUGGUUGGACCCGACCACCUCCACUCGCGGGUAAGGGUCACCGGCCGCGGCCGCCAUCGCCAUCGGCAUUGGCAUCUGCGGACGCAGCGCGAAGGGUUCUCUACUAUAUAGAACAGUUCCCGCGUCACCUCGCUCCCCCACUGUCCUCCAACCAAAUAAAAAAAGGAUCCCGCGCCGCGCUUCGUGCCGCAUCCCCACGCCGCCCCUCCUCUCAGCCGCUGCUCCAUGCCUCUCCCCUCAGCUUGCGUAACAUCACCUUCCCUCAAGUAAAAGAUACAUGGGCUGAUUUUGGCAUUUCAUGGGAGGUUUUGAAGAUGACGAACCACCCUCAAAAUGUGCAACAGCAUCCUGAGUAGAAUCCGCAAGUUUGCCAGAUUGUUUCUCUUUUUCGAAAUCUGCCAAUCCUUUGGGAAGGACAAUGGCUAGACCUUUGCCUUCCCAAUGGUUUGUUUUAAGAGGGAGGAAUUUGUCACAAAAACUCCGUACAGUCUUGGAUAUGGAAAAAGUUGAGCAGUUCUGGAGGAAGAAACAGGGAUAACUUUGCAUACCCCUACGGUGAAUCUUUUCAGAAAGCAGGUGGUUGAUGGUAACUGGGAUAAUGCAGUGGUUACCUUGAAUAAGAUUGGCCUUCUGGAUGAAAAUAUUGUGAAAUCUGCUGCAUUUUUUUAUAUUGGAGCAGAAAUUCUUCGAACUUCUGAGAAAUGACAAUGUCAUAUGUGCUAUGAAGACUUUACAAAGUGAAAUCACACCCAUUGGUGUUAAUAGAAAAGGAGUUCAUGAACUGUCGAGUUGUAUAAUUUCUUGUUCUCCACAGCAGGUGUUCCUUGGUUUUUCAACACUUGGCAUUGAUUCUUCUGGUUCACGGCAGAACCUCCUAGAGGAAUUGCAAAAGGUGCUCCCUCCAACUGUUAUGGUACCAGAGAGAAGGUUUUGUGUGCGCACCAUGAUGAAAGUGUGGUUUCUCCAAUUUUCAAACAAUGGGAAGUAUUUAGCCUCAGCAUCAAAUGAUAAAUCUGCAAUCAUAUGGGAGGUCGACGAAGAUGGAGAGCUAUUACUAAAUCACACAUUGAGUGGUCAUGAGAAGUAGCUGAUGAUGGUUGCGUGGAGCCCUGAUGGUCGCCAGCUUCUCACAUGUGGAAUGGAAGAAACCAUCCGACGCUGGGAUGUUGAAUCUGGCAGAUGUCUUCAUGUGCCUGGUUUCCAGAUGGAAAGCAAAUAUUGUCUGGUCUAAUAGAUGAAAACUUUUGCAUUUGGGAUUUAGAUGGUAAAGAAGUAGAUUGCUGGAAAGGGCAAAGAUCAUAAAAAACAUCUGAUUUUUCUGUAGCAAAAGAUGGAAAGCUUAUUAUAAGCAUUUCCCUUGUUCCAUCAUGACUAUUGUCACAUUUAUUUCUUAAUUCAAGCUGGGAUAGAAUUAUGA